ACAUCUAAACUCAAUCUUCUUCAAUCUCCUUGCAUAUUUUAUCCUCUCUAACAUUUUUUUUUGAGAUUUCUUCAUCACCAUGGGCAAAGACAAGAGUAGGGCUGCUACCUCCGGGAAAUCAAAGUCUAAAUCCCGGGCACCGUCCACAACCUCCGAGGAACACCUCUACUACGGCGAUGGGUCGUACCUUUGGUUCGAUUCCGAGGAGGAGCGCACCCGAUUCCUCACCUUUUUCUCUAAACGGGUUGUGGCUCCCGCACGGAUCAUCCCGGAGCGCUACCCGGAGUUGCAGGGCUACGACGACCUCGACGCACAGCUCCAUCAAGCAGGCCUUUGGUCGUUCGUCUCCCGGGCACGCAAGGAGAUCAACCCGGCGCUGAUCCGGGCCUUCUACUCUAACCUCCGGCGUGAGGAUGACGUGCUCUACUUGCUCGUCAAGAGCACGCCGAUCGAGCUCACCGUGGAGCAGCUUGGGUGCAUCGCCGGCCUCCCCUUCCAAGGCGACGAUGUGUCUCACUAUGGUGGAGAGGAUUGGGUGCUCAACAACGAGGGCCUUAUCCUCAACGAGCUUGGCAUCACCGAGCUCAAACGCCAUGCCUCGGGACGCCCAACCAUCCACUCCGCCAACCCCGAAGGCCGCCUCGUCCUCUACAUCGUCUCCCGGAUCCUCAAACCGAGGAAGCACGGCCACACCAUCAUGCAC